CCAUAUGAGUGUGGGACACUUCGAUAUAAAAAAAAUUAUGUACAAGUAAUGUUAUUCAAAAGAAAAAUAAAAAGUUGAGACUAAUCAGUAAGCCGUGAAGCCGAUUGAUACAAUAGCUCAUGAGCUUUGACAGCUCAAUCCACUCAUAUCGGCGCAUCAAGCCGAAGCCGAUAAACUCCAUCCACAAUCAGCUUACAAAUAAUGGAAACGAAAGGAAAGUGGGACCCACAUCAAUAUUCCUUCAUGACUAAGCCUGUCUGGGCCCCACUAAUUACGCAAGGCCCAUGUACUCUUUGGAAAAGCCAAGCCUACUAGCCCACCACUAUUAGUGCGAGCUGACUCAAAAGCCGAAUGGGACCCACCAAAUUUGCUCCAUAAAUAGCACCUCUUGCCACUCGUUUCUUCCCUUUACUCCUCCUAACCUCCUCCACCCCCUAUAAGCGGUUUUCCGGCCAUGUUGUCCACGUUUCCAGCAUCAGAAUCCUUCUUUGGAAACCCAUUCCCCACCUUUGAAAGUGGUUUCACACCUUGGGAUUCCCAAGAACCGCCGUCUUUCUUUCCACCGUCGCCGAAGGAACCUGUAAAACCACCACAAGAACCGGUUAUUUCUAAACCCGGUUCGGAUAACUCGAAACCUCGUAAAUCCGGUUCGUUUCGCUCGAAAAACUUAAUAUCCGGUUCUGGUAAAACUAAACGUUCAGGUGACAUAAUUGAUGACCGAAAGCGGAGGCGAAUGAUAUCGAACCGGGAAUCAGCAAGGCGGUCUCGAAUGCGAAAACAGAAAGAUCUGGAGAGCUUGAGGGAUAAAGUUAGCCGGUUUAGGAUUGGAAACCAAGAACUGAUGAACCGGCUGAGAUUGAUAUCGUAUAACGACCAAAUUAUAAGGAGAGAAAAUGAUCGGCUCCGGUCAGAGUCCGUCGUGCUCCGGCAGAGAUUGUGGGACAUACGUCAAAUACUGCUUGUCCGGCAGCUUCAGCAGCAGUUAAAUUCCUCUUCAUGGCCAUGCAAUAACAUUAAUGGAGAACAUAUAACUCAUCAAUCAAUAAUUUCAUAAAAUAAAUAAACGUAGGCACGCUUUUAGCUGCUUUUUUAUUUCGACCGCACAUUUUUAUAUGCUAUCAAGAAAAGUAGUUAUUUAUCAAGCACUCUAAAACCAGGCAAACUCUAUCACUAUGAGUCUCUAUCUCUAUGUAUCAUUUUGUAGUAAAUUAAAUUUACUAGAGCAAUAAUUUAGGAAACAAUGGAAUUUCGGAGUUGAUUAUUGUG